AUGUCAAAGCGCGCUCCGGCAGCUGCUUCGGGGAUCCGACGAGUGACCAGGAGUACUACGUCUGCGGCCGUGAGAGGAAGUGCCGAAGCACACGUCAAGAAGGAGGAACAAGAUCAAGAUGGCAUGCCCGUUAAGAAAGAGCAGGAGACCCCUCGGAAAAGACGGACUUCCUCACAACCAGGACAGACACCCGCCAGGAAACGGGUGAAGAAGGAGGAAGUCAGUGGUUUGAUUAGCCCAACCCUGUCUGAUGAUCUAUCUGCUUCAGACUCUUCUCCAAAAAAGUCGAAGCCCAAAAAGUCAGGACCAUCAGAUUUGAAGGCCAAAAAACUGAAAUCCUAUGCCCAAUUUGCCAACCAGUCCCCGUUUCCUGACUUUCACCAUCCAACACCUGAAGAAUGCAAGCUCGCCCACCGAAUUCUUGCCUCCCUCCACGGUCCUCGGAUUCGUCCCAAAGAAGUGGUCGCCUCGACUACGCGAGCAGGAUGUGGCGACUCUCCUUCUGUCCUGGACGCGCUGGUCCGCACCAUUCUCUCUCAAAACACAAGCGACGUCAACUCGACGCGGGCUAAGAGGAGCAUGGACAAGGUAUAUGGAGGGAGUGAUAAAUGGGACGCCAUCGUUGCUGGAGGGGAAGCGAAGCUUCAAGAAGCUAUCAAAUGCGGCGGACUCAGUGCGGUCAAGAGCAAAGUCAUCAUGAGCAUCUUGAAGCAGACAUUCGAAAAGUAUGGCGAGUAUUCUCUGGACCAUUUGCACCAUGCGUCCAGUGAAGAGGCCAUGCAGGAGAUGUUGUCCUUUCAGGGUGUGGGGCCCAAGACGGCCAGCUGUGUGCUGCUCUUCUGUCUCCAGCGUGAAAGCUUUGCUGUUGAUACGCAUGUGUGGCGCAUUACAGGCUUGUUGGGGUGGCGACCCAAAAAUGCCUCCAGAGAUGAGACACAUGCCCAUCUGGAUGUCAUGAUCCCGGACGAGGAUAAGUACGGGCUGCACAUAUUAUUGGUCACACACGGAAAGCGGUGCGAGGAAUGUCGGGCGGGCGGCAAGAAUCUGGGCAAGUGUGAAUUGAGAAAGGCCUUCCGGCAGAAAAAGAUGCACGGCGAGGCAGGAGAAGAAGUUCAGCAAGAAGAGAGGGAGGUAGUCAAGAAAGAGGAGGGAGGGGAUUGA